AUGGCCACUGACUGGGGCUGCGAUGCAUACUGUGGCGGAGGGGACGCGGAGCCGAGAAAAAACAAGUGGUCAGCCGGCGACUGCCUGCGAAUUUCGCUGCUUCUUCCGGCGGCGCUGUCAUCCAGAGUCUCCCGUCCAAACCAGCCUCAGGUCAGUCAGCCGCAGCCCCUGUUCCUGUGUGUGAUCUGCAGUGACCGUGGGAGCCGUAGGGAGGACGCCGGGACGUCCCAGAAGCCGGAAAUGGAUCCUGUGACCUUCGAUGAUGUGGUCGUGAACUUCACCCUGGAUGAGUGGGACCUGCUGGAUCAGUCCCAGAGGGAACUCUACCGAGAGGUUGUGGGGGAGAUCUUUACGAGCUUGGCUUUUAUAGGGGAGAAAUGGAACCAGAACAUUGAAGACUGGUACAGAAAUCAGGGGAGAAAUUUAAGCAGUCACAUUGUAGAGAGCCUCUGUGAAAGAGACAAAGGUGGUCAGUGUGGAGAAACCUUCACCCGGAUACCAGAUCCGAAUUGGAACCAGAAAAGCCUUCCUGAAGCGAAAUCCCAGGAAUGCCCUGUGUGUGGAAUAGUCUUCGUGCCUCUGUCACCUUCAUCUGACCCCAUCACAUCUCCCACGGGACAGGAAUUAAAUGAAUAUCAGGAAUUGGAAGGGAAACCACAUACAUGUAGGCACUGUGAGAAAGCCUUGGGGUGUUACUGCCCUUUCCAGAUGGAUGAUAGGAGUCACUCUGGAGAGAAGCCCUAUAAAUGCCAAGGACAUGAAGAGGCCUUCCUUUCUGUCACCAGCCUGGGAGGAUACGUGAUAACUCAUGCUGGAGGUGGACCACAUAAGUGUUCUGUGUGUGGAAAAGGCUUGCAGUAUCCCAGUUCACUUAGGAUCCACGAAAGGAUUCACACUGGAGAGAAGCCUUUUGAGUGUAACGAGUGUGGGAAAGCCUUCAGUUGUUUAGGUUCAGUUCGAAGACACCAAAGAACCCACACUGGAGAGAAACCCUAUUCAUGUAGGGAGUGUGGAAAAGCCUUCAGCUCUCUCUCGGGUCUUCAGGGACACACGAUGAGGCACACUGGAGGUGGUCCUCACAAGUGUAAACAAUGUGGGAAGGUCUUUAACUCCCCCAGUGCCCUGAAAAAACAUGAAAGAACUCACACAGGAGAGAAGCCAUAUCCAUGUAAGCAUUGUGGGAAAGCCUUCAUCUGCUCCACUUCAGUUCGAAAACAUGAAAGAACUCACACGGGAGAGAAGCCCUAUGAAUGUAAGCAGUGUGGGAAGGCCUACAUUUCUCUUUCGGGCCUGCAAGGACACAUGAUAAGGCACACAGGAGAUGGGCCUUAUAAGUGUAAAUUUUGUAGGAAGGCCUUCGGGUCUCCCAGUGCAGUUCUGAGGCAUGAAAGUGCACAUGUUGUGUAGGAUUCCCAUGAAGGAAAUACGGGAAAGCUUCUGUCUUCCAGGUGUUUUAAAGAUAUGUUUGAACAUAAUGGAGGCUGAUCUGACAAAUGUAGGGUAUCUGAGGAAGCUGAAGAAAUCUUAUUUUAAUUCAACUACAGAAAAAAAAUCACACCGGAGAGAGACACUAUGAAUGUAAGAAAUGUGGGAAAGUUUUGGAACAUCAGAGUUUGUUUGGAAUGCAGGAACUGGUAAAAAAAAAAAAAUCCCUAUGAGUAAAAUUGAAAUUUUGCCCAGUUC